AUGGCUGAUCCCAAGUCGAACACUACACCAGCUACCGCCAUUGAUGUAGCCGGUGAAGAUGAUAUCAUGAUACUUAGCGAUGACCCUGUCGACAGUCUGACUGUUGAUGACUUGCCUACCGGGGUUCUCAAGGAUGCCAACAAACAGGCCGCCACCCAAAUCAUCGAGAUCUUCAAGGAGAAGGCCCCCAGUAUGCCCCGCGAGGUGCGCGACAAGAUCCUCAGUCUACUGAAGGAGGGCAUUUUCCACCACAACACGAGUUCUCUUACUGAGCCAUCGUACCACCCUUUGGCUGAAAAGAUGUGGGAUAAACAGGUCAGGGGGCCUUUCUGGCUCAGCAUCACCUACGAGUAUUGGUUCAUUCUAGUAGGCAUCUAUGGACUCGAGAGACUCGAACGCAGUGCGGUCGGAGCGGGUAUCAGAAGUUCUAUUGAGAGACGCUACGGGGGCGACAUCGGCACAGACCUGACCUGGCGAAACCACCCAGUUGACCAGGGGCUGCAUGCACGACACCUCCUGACCGAACUGGCAGUAAAGGUCAGUGAAUGUCAGAAGACUGUAGAUCAACUACAGCGAACUGCAGAUCAGCAGCAGAAGACCAUUCAGAAGCUUGCAGACCAACAGCAAGGCCUUACUGGUCACGACCAACGUGCCUCGCAGAUUGCCGAAGACGACGAUCCAAUGGAGACUUUCGCCGGCUACGACGAAGACGAAGGUGAAGACGACGAUGAAAUGGAGAAAUUGACCAGGCGCUACCUCUUCGGAGAAGAAGAUGAAGACGAUGAUCCAAUGGAGACUUUUGCCGGCUAUGAUGAAGACGAAGGUGAAGACGACGAUGAAAUGGAGAAAUUGACCAGGCGCUACCUCUUCGGAGAAGAAGAUGAAGACGAUGAUCCAAUGGAGACUUUUGCCGGCUACGAUGAAGACGAAGGUGAAGACGACGAAGACGAGGAUGAGAAGGAUAAUUGGGCCACCCAAUACGAAGAUGAUGACGAGGAGGGUAAUCCCUUCGCAUUCGAGUAG